AUGGCGGCGCAAAAGCGGCCGCUGGAGGCCGUCGCGGCGGAGCAGGAGGCGCCGCGGUCGCCGAGGAAGCGGCUGCGCCAGACGGUGCUCCUCGUGAUGCGGCUGGAGAGGAGGAGGGCCAGAGCGGCCACCGUCGGGCAGAUGGUUCGCCAGCAGGCGCAGCUCGACAGGGCAAAACUGUUUGUGUUUCUCAUGCUGCUCGCCUCGCGCCUUUGCUCCGUGGAGAGGCUCCUUCAGCAGCUCCGCAACCUACUGACGGGGCAGAUUGGUGCUUUUAGAUCUUUGACGGUAUCCAUACAAGAUCCAAUUCGACCAAUUGUACAGACAGAGAUGCAGGGACGACAAGCAGCCUCGCUUCCUAAUGACAUUUCUGAGCCUCCCAGGCAGAUACCGGAAGGUUUUCCUGAAACUGGAGGCAACACUCGAGUCAAACUGCGCUUUGUCGAUGUUGACAGACCAGAAGAUCCUAUUUACACUGGUUCUCCAGUACAAUGGCUGAAUAAGAAAGAUGCUAGGGUAGCAGUAUUUGAAAAUGAUAGGCAAAUCACGCAGGGCGUCCUUUCUAAAUUGCAAAUUGAGAUUUUAGCAGUCCAUGCUGAAUUCUUUACUGAGCGAGGACAAGCGGACUUCACCAAAGAGGAAUUCAACAAGCAGAUAUGUAUACAUAAGGGGAAUGAGUCAGUCUUGACCACUGUUAAUCUAGCAAAUGGUGCGGCCUAUAUUGGUUCCGUCAUAUUUACAGAGAGCUCCCAGAGGAAAAGGUUAAGAUUGACAGCACGAGUGAAAGGACAGGAUCUUGAUGUCAGAGUUCAAGAAGCAAUCACUGAUCCUUUUGUUGUCAAAGUCGGCCGAAGUAAACAAAACAGAAAGAGUUAUCCUCCAUCUAAAGAAGAAGCGGUAUACCGUUUGGAGAAGAUUUCCCUAAAGGGAAAACAUUGUACUAUCCUUGCUGAAAAAAAUAUUACUACGGUGAAGCAAUUCAUGCGUCAUUAUUACAGAGAUGAAUCUGGUCUCCAAAAGCUUCUUGACAUGAAGGAGGAUUGGAGUACCUUGAUUAAACAUGCCACCACGUCUGAUCCUGGGCUUGAGAUCUAUUCUUUUAUUGUUGAGGAAAAUACUAAACUCUUAUUCAAUGAUUUCUAUAAUCUUGUUGGUAUGAUGAUCAGUGGAUUAUAUUUUCCUGUCAAUUGCCUUGAUCAGUUUCAGCAGAUUAAAGUGAACAACUGGAAAAUGUCUACGUAUAAGAAAUUUGACGAGCGGGAGAACUCAGGGGGUCUUACCCCUGAUUACUUCAUGACCGAUGGCAUCCCUGUCCGUGCAAUGCCUCUGAACAAUGAUGCAGGUACUUCUGUACAAGCUAGAACCAAAUUGCAAUAUCCUAAUGACAUGGCUGCACGACAAGAAUUUGGUGAUCAGCAUCCACUGAAUGGGUUCUCACGGGCCGCAGUCCUGUCAAACAAUGACGCUGACCCAUCAAACCAAGGAGCACUGCCCGUUCCACAACACACGUAUCAAGGACUUGGCCAGCACAAUCCUUCUGUGCCACAGAAUGGAGCUCCUUACUCUCUUCACCAGGGAAAUAUCUUAAAUGAUCAGGGACCAUUAUCAGCACAGUCCACUAUUCCGCCCCACAAUUUUUCACCAGUUCCACAGGAUGACAUGAUCGCAGGUGCAAAUCAAACUGACCAGAGAACCCCUUCACUUGACCCUGUUCUGGCUGACAUGUCCAGUGGGUUUUCCCCAGUUCCAUUCGAGGACUACAGCAGCCUGGAUGUAACCGACUAUCUGAAUCUGACAGACUAUGGCAUUGCACCAGCUAAUGACGCAGAACUGCCGAAUCCCAACAGCCCAUCUGAUGGUUAUGGACAUGAUGGCGGCAACCAGUGA